UCUUUGUGAAAGAGAACAUAGAAAGUUAGAAUGGCCUCAAAAUCCAGCAUUAGAAUUGUGUUCUUCUGCUGCCUUAUGCUGUGCAGCACAGCCGCUGCUUCAUCAUGGACAAGUAAUUCACACACAUGUAACGGAUCCAUAGCCGAGUGCAACCAAGACGACGAGCUGCUUAUGGAAUCCGAGAUAAGCCGUAGGAUCCUCGAGCAGAGGAGAAUCAUCUCCAAUGGAGCACUUACGAGGGACAAGCCGGUUUGCAACGGUGGUGCCAGCGGCGAAGCUUAUAGUAAAACAGGAGGGUGUCUUCCUCCACCCUCAAACCCUUACAAUAGGGGUUGCUCUAAGUAUUAUCGUUGUAGGUCUGAUUCUUAAAUGUUGUUGUUGAAUGAUCCAUGUCUAUGGUUUUUGUGCUGUCUACUUUAUAGUUUUGAAAUUCUAUGAAAAUUCCCCACAAGAUUUUCUAAUAA